UUUUUCCUCAAAACUCGAAGGCCCCGAAAAAAGGGCAGCGGAGAGCUAAGAAGAUUCUAUCGAUCAUCCGCUGGGGUCGUCUUUUUUCUCCUUCUCUUCUUCCCAUCCGCCCCCUCUGUUCGACCAGCUUGUUUGACCGUCUGCGCGCCACCCCCACCGUCCCGGUCCGACCAUGUCUUCCGCGCCUUCAGUUUCUGCACCCGUAAAGGGCAUGCGGAAAAAUGGAAAAAACUGGCAUGAUACCAAGAAGCCGUUCCGCCCGACUGCGGGCAUGACCUCCUACGCUAAGCGACUAGAAACCCGCAAGCACCAAGAAGCCGUGAAGGAGCAUGAGAAAGAACUGAAGGAGGAGAAGGAGGCAGAGAGGAAGGCCCAUAUCCAAAGAAUCAAGGAUCGUCGAGCCGCUAAGGAGGAGAAGGAACGCUAUGAGAAGAUGGCAGAGAAAAUGCAUCGCAAACGAGUCGAGCGCUUGAAGCGGCGGGAGAAGCGCAACAAGUUGCUGAACUCCUGAGUGCAGUCAACCUCUUGAAUGCUGUCGAUAUGGUCUCACCUUAUUCCCCCUUCCACCUCUUCAUCCUUCCUCUUCUACCCUGCCCUUUCUGCUUUCUGCACCUGAAUUAAGUGAGCAGUGGAUGCGCUGCCAACGCCAUAACUCUUUAUUGUUUAUCUUUUCCGCGAUGUUUUUGUCCAUUUUACCGGGCUUGGCCAUUAUGGCUCAUUGCAGGCUGUUGUUUCUCUAAGGACGAGAGGAGUUCGCUGGCGACCGUGGAGUUGGGAAUCUACUUUCUAGAACAGUGUACUCUGUAUACAAUGAAUGAAUGUAUAGGAUCG